AUGCUCGCCUCGUCGUCGCCGACCAUCUCAGCGCCCGGCUCGCCCUCGACGACGUUCCACGCCCCCGCCCGCGUCUACCAUGCCUCUUCGCGCCGCACCUCGACCUCGUCUGGCGCCCCGUCGCCCCGCUUCGUCGUGAGCAGCGCCAACGCCCGCCGCUUCGAGUCGCCGCACCUGUCCAAGCCCGCCAUCGCCGCCCCGUCGCCCGUCCCCGCCUACUCGCGCUCCCCACAGAGCAGCAGGCGCGGCUACGUGGAUGCUGGCACCCAGUACAGUCCCGCCGGCCUGCCCCCCACCUACCAUCCGCCAUCGCAGCCCAACCUGGCCGACACCGACAGCGCCCGCGCAGAGUCUGCACCGCUCGCUGCGCCUGCCGUCGUGGAGCGACCACGGGGCCCGGCCUCGCCUGCGCCGCCCACCACGGACCCGCCAGAGCCCACGGUGCGCGUCGACCCGCAACCCGCCACGCCCGCGCAGCAUGCCCAGCCGCCGAGCCGCCGAAUGUCUAGCGAGAGCACGCGCGAGGACCAGCACGACGCGCCGCAGAAGCAGCAACCAGCGGCGUCAGACGUCACCGACUCCCCGGCCAAGCGUGCGCGUCCCCACGAGCCCAACGUCAAGAUCAUGCCGCUGAAGUACGAGACGUGCAACGUCAAGGACCUGGGCGUCUUGGUCUCCGACAUGCUCAUGGAGCUGGUGCGCCUGAACGACGGCUAUCCGCUGCGCGACGGCCAGCUCACGAGGUUCCAUUCGAGAGCUCCGCCCGGCAUCUCCGUGCGCGACUACCUAGUGCGCCUGAUAGUGCAUGCCACGCUGUCUCCCCCGAUCCUGCUGUCCAUGGUAUUCUACGUCGACAAGCUGUGCACCAUGUACCCUGCCUUCACCAUCAGCAGCCUCACCGUCCACCGCUUUCUCAUCACGGCAGCCACCGUCGCAGCCAAGGGCCUCAGCGACAGCUUCUGGACCAACAGCCUGUAUGCACGAGUAGGCGGUGUGAGCCCAGAGGUGCUCGUCGAUUACUACAAGGGCUUGGUCGAACGUGGAUCGGGAUACGUUAUGGAAACGGGGCCAGAGCUGCCUUCGACGCCCAGUCGGGAACAGGUCCAAUCGCCCACCGGAUCAGCGACCGGCAUUCACACCAGCCUAUCAAGCACCUAG